GUUAUUAAUGACUGAUAUUGGUAUAUAGUAAUUAUUUCACCGGAUCACAUGACAAAAUUACCUCAAGAAUCAAUCAAGUUGAAUUGCACGUCAGCCUACGUUUCCGAUUUUUUCCCCCCUCGCGGAUCCUAUCCACACGCCUAUGGUGCAAUAGAUGGACAAAGUUUAACGCACUCGAGCUACAAAUUCCUUUCGCUAUCGCUAAAGAGAGAAGAGGAGAGAUGACGGAGUACGAUGAGCGUAACAACUGUGCGUCAAAUAUGUAUUUACCAAGUUGUACAUAUUACGUUUCAUCGCCUGAUUUUUCAUCAUUCUCCUCGUUUUUACCCCAGACUAUUUCGUGUCAAAAUAAUUGGCCUUAUUCUUCCAACAUAGCUCAAGUCCGACCUGUUCGAGUAGUGGCAUUCAGGGACUAUAGACUGGAUCACCCAAGCAAAUGGCAUUACAGGGGCAAUUACGCUUCUUACUACUCAACCGACGAGAUAAUUCACGGAGACUUAAUCCAGUCAUCGAACAGGGCGGAAAUUAAAUUCAAAAAUGAUUCCUUGUACGGCCAUCACGGCGGUACGAACUCGCCAUGCAAUUUAUUCACCAAUGUCGGUCGAAAUGGGGUUCUUCCACAAGGGUUCGAUCAGUUCUUCGAGACUGUUAACUCUGAAAAGCCCAACUCUGGGCCUGAACACACAAAACAGAAGACAGACUCCAGUCUCCCCGGAGAUGCUGCAUGCAAUAAACAGACUGCAGACCCAACUGAGGACAUAGACGAACAUGAUUCUUCGAUAUCAAACUGCCCCGGGGACAAGAACAACAGCCCAAGUUCUUCAAAGUCCAGAAAAAAGAGAUGCCCCUACUCCAAAUACCAGAUCCGAGAACUUGAACGAGAAUUCUUUUUCAAUGUGUACAUAAACAAGGAGAAGCGGCUCCAGUUGACAAGGAAGUUAAACCUGACAGAUCGACAGGUGAAGAUUUGGUUCCAGAACAGAAGAAUGAAAGAGAAAAAGCUCAACCGGGACCGACUUCAGUAUUUCACUGGAAAUCCCUUAUUCUGAUAUUUUGCAUUUAGAGGAGCCAUAAGUGCUUCACAACAGAUUGAAUAAAUAAUUUUUUUUGAGGGGGGGGACAUCUCACAAUCUAUACAAACAACAGAAGGUGAAACACCGCACAACAAAUCUGAACAUUGCAAACAGGCUGGAUCUAUCUAUGCAAGGCUUUUUGUAUCUGCCACUUAAAUACUUACCUCAAUGAACACAUGAAUCCUGUUAUUUAAAAUAAUAUUAAAUCCAGUGAAUAAAUCAUCCAGGAGACCUCGACAUAAUGUUCAUUUACAUAUCUUAAUGGUAAUUCAUAGGCUAUUUUUUAUUUUACCUUUAUUUAACUAGGCAAGUCAGUUAAGAACAAAUUCUUAUUUAAAAUGACGGCCUACACCGGCCAAACCCGGACCAAUUGUGCGCCGCCCUAUGAUACAGCCUAGAAUCGAACCAGGCGGUCUGUAGUGACGCCUCAAGCAUUGAGAUGCAGUGCCUUAGACCACUGCGCCACUCGGGAGCCCAUAGCCUAUAUAGGCCUAUAUCUUACUUUUGUACUUAUUUAAGUUUACACGGCAUAUUCUUUGGUGGAUUCACACACAUUGCAGUAAGCGACGAGUACUUUGAUUACAGUAAUCAAUGAGUGUAAUAAGUAAUUUACAAUAGUAGAAUUGUGUAUGCAUUUAAUAGACGCAUGUUAUGUAUAUUGUGGUAUCAAAUAAA